AAAUAAUACUAGUUUGAAAGCCAAUGAGCACAAACAGAAACAAGACAAAAACCAAAUUCAAACCUUUGCUUCUCUUCUUCUUCUUCUUCUUCUUCUUCUUCUUCACCCCACCGUCCAUAAACAAACAGAGAAGAAAAAUAGCCAUCACAUAAUUUCCAUGCACUCUUCACCUUCAGGAAACUACCCGUAUCAAAUAUGUCUCUUCUCUUCCAUUAUCUUCUCCUUCUUCAUCUCUGUCUCUUCUUCCGAUCCUCGAAUAACCCAAUCUGGCCUUGUUUGCGGCAACUCAACGCAGACCAUGAAAACACCUUCUGGUUUUAUUCCAGCUUUUGUUAAAGAAAUGGAAACUCUUUCACAACUGAUAAAUAAUACCCAUUUUGCCACCUAUCACCUUAACUCUACAGUUCCUAUGUAUGCUUUAGCCCAAUGUCACCAUGACCUUUCUCAAAACGACUGUCUCCUCUGUUUUGCCGCUUCUCGCACAAAGCUCCCCCGUUGCCUCCCUUCUGCCUCUGCUCGUAUAUAUCUUGAUGGGUGCUUUUUACGCUACGAUAAAUAUAAUUUUUUUAAAGAAUCGGUUUCUUUUGCUUUUGAUGCUGUAAACUGUAGCCAAGAAAACGUUUCGCGUUUGGAUGAUGAAAAUGAGAAAGUGAAGUUUGCUACAAGUGUUGGGUAUGCUUUAGGUAAUGUGAGUAGUAAAGCUAUUAAGAAUGGUGGGUUUGGUGUUGCGGGUACUGAUGGGGUAUAUGCUUUGGUUCAGUGUUGGGAUAGUAUUGGAGAGGAUGGUUGUAGAAAGUGUUUGGAGAAGGCAGAGAAAGAGGUGCAACGGUGCGUUCCAAGGAAGGAAGGGAGAGCAAUGAAUGCUGGAUGUUAUUUGAGGUACUCUACUGAUAAGUUCUAUGGUGAUGGAGGAGAAUUAGGGGAUGCUCAUGGAUUUUCUGGUUUAGGAAUUGCUAUUGCUAUUGUUUUAGCAGCAGCUGCACUCUUUAUGCUGUCUCUCUUUGCAAUUUAUGCACGCUAUAGAAGAUUAUUGAAGGAAAAAGAAGAACGUAUUAAUCUCGAAAAGGUUUCAAUCAGUUUCCAUAAAUCAAGCUUGAAUUUCAAGUAUGAGACCCUAGAAAAGGCAACCGACUACUUCAAUUCAUCAAGGAAAAUAGGCCAAGGAGGAGCUGGUUCUGUAUUUGUCGGAAACCUUGCAAAUGGGCAAACUAUUGCUGUUAAAAGAUUGAUCUUUAAUACGAGACAAUGGGUAGAUGAGUUUUUCAAUGAAGUCAACUUAAUCAGUGGAAUUCAACACAAGAACCUUGUGAAGCUAUUAGGUUGUAGCAUUGAAGGUCCUGAAAGCCUUCUGGUUUAUGAAUAUAUCCCUAACAAGAGCCUUGAUCAGUUCAUCUUUGGAAAUACUAAAACCAGGACUCUAAAUUGGAAGGAACGUUUCAAUAUAAUUGUUGGAACAGCAGAAGGGCUUGCAUAUCUUCACGGGGGUUCUCAAGUGAGAAUUAUCCAUAGGGACAUUAAAAGCAGCAAUGUUCUUCUUGAUGAAAAUUUCAAUCCAAAGAUUGCAGAUUUCGGACUUGUUCGGUGUUUUGGUACUGAUAAGACUCAUCUUAGCACUGGAAUUGCAGGAACAAUCGGGUAUAUGGCUCCUGAGUAUCUGGUUCGAGGGCAGCUAACCGAAAAAGCAGAUGUUUACAGCUUUGGGGUACUAGUUCUUGAGAUUGUAAUGGGUAAAAGGUGUAAUGCUUUCAUAGAGGACUCAAAAUCCCUUCUGCAAACAGUAUGGCAACUUUACAGAUCAAACAGAUUGGUAGAGGCUGUUGACAGUUGCCUGAGAGAGGAAUUUCCAGUACAAGAGGCAUCCCGAGUGCUUCAAAUUGGGCUUCUAUGCACACAAGCUUCAGUUUCUUUAAGACCAUCAAUGGAACAAGUAGUGGAAAUGCUAACUAAUACUGAUUGUGAGAUUCCUCUGCCAAAUCAACCUCCAUUUAUGAAUGCUACUCUGCUAGAGACUGAAAGCUCCAAAGGGUAUUGUAGCACAAACAGUUUUGUUUCAAAUGUAACAACCAAAGUUGAAGCUUAUUCUUGCUAUUCCACAGAGUCCUCUAGCUUGAAUAGCUCAGAUAGGCCAUCAAAAAGCGAAGAGUUAGAACAAAAAUCAAUUCCAUAGUUCCAAAGAUUAUCAAAUAUAGAAAAUAUUUUUGUUUAUACAAGUUUUUGAGGUAACCUUGCUAGAUUUUCUUGGGAAACAAACAGUGAUUUUUUAGCUUCUACAUCCCAUAUGGAUGUUCUAUCACUUGGGAAAAAUGCAAGCAAGGAUACUGUACCUUUUUGCAAAAACCAAAGGUAUGGUCAUGAAGAUUUACAGCUAGAGAAAAGCUUAUUGGUUAAUUUUUUUGACCUCCAUUUUUUUAAGUUCUUUCUGUUAUGUGAUUUCAUAAGCAAGAUUUUGAAGAAA